AUGAUCAUCUUCUUCAUCGUUGCGCUCAUUCUCGCCGCGUUGUCUGCUGGCUCCGCGGCGUCGAACUACCACGAGAACCUCCUCCUCCAACCGCUUCCGCCUUCAUCGUUGCUCGCCUCCUUCAACUUCAAAAGCAACACGACACAAACCUCAUUCGAGCAACAACAUUUCCGAUACUUCCCCCGCGCGCUUGGUCAGAUUCUUCAGCACGCUAAUACCCGCGAACUCCACUUGCGAUUCACAACUGGGCGAUGGGACUCCGAAAGCUGGGGCUCGCGUCCUUGGGACGGGGCAAAGGAGGGCGGCACCGGUGUUGAGCUUUGGGCUUGGAUUGAGGCGACCGAUGACGAGACAGCUUUCUCGAAGUGGAUUACCUUGACGCAGUCUCUCUCGGGACUUUUCUGUGCGUCUUUGAACUUCAUCGACUCGACGAGAACAACGCGGCCCGUUGCCUCGUUCGAACCGACAGGGGAUCAUAUCGCAUCCGGAAAUCUGCAUUUGUUGCACGGGACUCUCCCCGGGGAGGUUGUUUGCACAGAGAAUUUGACGCCAUUCCUGAAGCUCCUGCCAUGUAAGGGCAAGGCUGGAGUGGCCAGCUUGCUCGAUGGACAUAAGCUGUUUGAUGCUGCUUGGCAGAGCAUGGCGAUUGAUGUGCGUCCGGUCUGUCCGUCUGAGGGGGAAUGUCUGGUGCAAGUCGAUCAGACUGUGGACAUUGUAAUGGAUAUUGAGCGGUCGAAACGUCCAAGGGGCAACCCUAUUCCCCGACCUGUUCCCAAUGACAAGCUCGACUGUGAUACCUCCAAGCCGUACCAUGCGAGGGACACUUGCUAUCCGCUAGAGAAGACCGCCGGGAAAAGCUGGAGCAUUUCCGAACUCUUCGGACGCACCAUUAGUGGUUCAUGUCCUCUGGCAGACGGCCAAGGAGAGACCGUCUGCCUACGCACUUCGCCUUUACAGGAGGUGCGUCCGUCGCCAGACUCCGUAGAGGCGAGCGUAUCUGAUCAGUUCACUCGCUGCUACACAUUACCGUCAUCGGAGUCGUUCGACCUGGAUGUGCCAGAACAAGUCAGCGCUGCCACCGACAACGAUGUCCCACUCGAAGAGCCUGUCCUACAUGCAGAGCGGACCAUCGUUGGCCACGGGCAGGAGCGGGGUGGAAUGCGCAUUAUCUUCAACAACCCCUCGACGGAGAAGACUGUUGAUUUUAUCUACUUUGAAACUCUCCCCUGGUUCCUACGGCCUUACAUUCAUACACUCCAGGCUACUAUCACCGGCCGUGAUGGGGUUCGCCAACAGGUCCCCGCGUCCGAGUUCAUCAAAGAAACCUACUACCGCCCUGGGAUUGACCGCGAGCGCGGUACCCAACUAGAGCUUGCCCUCUCUGUUCCCCCAGCGUCAACCGUGACGCUCACCUACGACUUUGAGAAAGCCAUCCUGCGGUAUACCGAGUACCCGCCCGAUGCCAAUCGAGGCUUCAACGUCGCCCCCGCGGUCAUCAAGAUUGCUGCGGCAAAACCAAUCUACAUCCGCACAACCAGCCUUCUUCUUCAGCUUCCGACUCCCGACUUUAGCAUGCCGUACAACGUCAUCAUCCUGACCAGCACGGUGAUUGCGCUCGCUUUCGGAAGCAUCUUCAACCUGCUCGUCCGCCGCUUCGUCACUACCGAAGAAGCAGCUGCGCUUCAAGCCCAAACACUCAAGGGCCGCUUGGGCGGGAAGAUAGUCGCCCUCCGCGAUCGGAUACGUGGGAAGAGCGCCAAGGUGGAGUAG